AUGAGGAAGUCUACACAUACUAGUGGGACAAAAAGUUUCCCUCGUAAGAGGGAAGAAAUUAAAGAUGCAGAUCCUGAAAAGAAGUACACUCAUAGGGCUCACUUGUUCAUGCACACGCACAAGCCAAAAACUUGCGAGAACAAAAUAAUUAAUGCUCAUGUGGAAGAGUUGAAAGAUAUUAUGGACAAGAACCUCGAAUUAGCAGAUAACAGCGGUGGAAAGACUGCAUGGAAAGGAGAUGCGUUGAACAAAGUAUUAGGGGAUGACAAGCCUGGCCAUGUACAUGGUUUGGGACUAGUUCCAAACCCAAAAAAACUUUUUGAUGUUUCCACUUCACGUGUAUUCCAGAAUACACAUUUUACUUCGGUGGAGGAUACACCAAAUGAAGAUAUGCUAGCUUUUAGAGUUGAAAUGGAAAAAUUAUAUCAAGUAAAUAAAAAUCAGGAUGCUAAAAUUAUGGAACUAGAGGAGAAGAUGAGAAGAAUGGAAAGACAACCAAAUCAGGAAAUUUCAGAUCCAAUGGCUACAAUUGGGCUUGAACCUUCGGUUGAUGGACACAACUCAAACAGAAAAAGAGUGCUUUCUCCUCCGGUUGAUGGACUCCAACUUGUUAAAAAACGAUCAAAUAAUUUACAUAACAAGCAAAGUGGAUCAAACGAUGAAGAUUUGCAAGCAUCAAACAAGAAUUCUAUUUCAGAUAAGAACAAAGAAACUAUGGUUCAUAAUGGUGGCAGUGCACGACAACUAGAAAAAUGCUCUACUGCACACAAGAAUGUUGUCCAGAACCAAGAAACUCCUCAUAAUUUCAGUGCUAAGCAAGGGGAAAUAAAUUCUGCUACACAUAAGAAUGUUGUUCAGAACAAAGAAACUUUUCUUGAGAAUGUUAGUGCACGUCACGGAGAAAAAACUUCUGCUGCAAACAAACCGACCAAAAAAACAACAAAAGGUGCCAAUGCAAGCAGUAAGAGUGCUCAAAGUGGUUCGCUAAGCUGGUUGGGUGCCAAUGAAUUACCUGCAGGAACUAAAGUAUUCUUGAAGAGCCUGAAAAACCAUAACAGGGAUGUAGCUCUUGCUACAAUUGUAAGUUGUGAUCCAAACUUUAAACGUGAUGGUGCUGAAAUUAGGAAUGAAUUCUGGGCGGUGCAUGUUGAUAUGACACUUGUGAAAACUGAAAAUUUGGUACGGAGUCACAAAAACUGCACUACUCUCGGCAAUGCAGAAAAAACAAAGAUUGCAUGGCCCUCAACCUUUAUUCAAAAGAUAAAUGGAUGA